CGGAGUAGAGAAUUAAUGGAUGUUGGGGCUUAGGCUUUCCCGGGAUCGAAUCAUCAAAGGACAAAGCGAGCAUCGCCACUUUGCUGGCAAGUUGGGAGAUGAUGAUGAAAGGUUACCAAGAAAUCCAAGAAAUCCUUAACAAUUAAGCCCGUCCGCUGUCGAAGGUUACAUCAAUGGGUUUCGCGUCAUAACUCUCUUGUCUUGAAGAACUGCCUCAUUUCUGGCAAUAUUUCUUUUCUUGUCACUUUUUAUCUCAGACAACAUCCAAUUCCACCUCCGUCAAUAUUGUGUUACGCACUCUUACCCUCCAUAUUGAGACUACAGCAAGUCUAUUUGCGCGUCUAAAACAGCUCUUCCCCUUUUUUUUAAAAAAAAGAAGAAGAGAAAAGAAAAGAAACAAGAUUACAAGAUGAAAAUCGCCUACACAGCGGUUCUCCUUUUUCUUUUGUCGUCCACCAGUGUCACCUCAUACAGUAUUCCGCAGUCGGAUCUGGUCGCUCGUGAUGUAGUCGCUGUCGAUUUAUUUCGAGCCCCAGAUCUCGAGAAACGUCGAGGAGGAGGAGGCGGUGGACGAGGUGGCGGAAGCGGAGGAUCCAGUGGGGGACGCAGCGGAAGCGGUAGUUCAUCAAGUUCCGGGGGCCGUACAGGAGGCUCAUCUCGCCCUGGUUCCACCUCUAGUAGCAGUCGCAUUGGCGGAGCCUACUACGCUGGCGGUGCCACAUCUGCAUACAGGGCCGGCACGCGAUCCCCUCUGGGAGUCACUCCUUUCCUUUUGCCAGUCGCUGCACUGGCCAUCUUCCCUGGUAUCUGGCUCUACGGGGCCUACGCAUACCCCUACAGUCAUCGUUACAACUAUACAAAUGAAACUUCCCGCCAAAACGAGACAUUGCCGGUAGUCUGCUUGUGUCAAGAAUACUCGGAUUGCGGCUGUGACGAUAACAAUAACAGCACCUACUAUCAAUCGCUGUUCAAUGGCACUCAACCUGUGAACUCAAGUAUCGCCAAGGUUGUCAACGCCAACGGAACCGAGACCAUCUACAUCAACGGAACUGUGCCGAAUGCAACGGACUCUACGAGCUCCUCCUCCUCCACCUCCUCAGCUCCCGCUACAGCCCUCCUUGAGGCCAGCGGGCACUGGGUUGUGGUCGCUCUGGUGGCUAGCAUGGUUUGGGCGCUAUGAUGGAUGUUCCCGCGAUGGAAUCGUUCAUAAACAACCUGGUGCCUUUUGAACGAUGAGCCACUUGCUCGCUAUGCUCCAUCAUGAUAUCCCUUGUCGUUUUGCUGUUUGUGAAUUUGCCCCUUUGCUUCUUGCUAUAUUUCGCUUCAGCCAAAUCUGUUCCAUGAGCUUUCUGUCUCGGCCUUUGCUGGACUUUGCUGCGGGAAUAUUGUCGAUUUCGCAUUGACUGGUGGUCUUUUGCUUUGAAUAGCACGAGAACCUUGAUACCCUUAUUCGGCGUUGGAAAGUGAAAUCCUUGAUGCUUGUUUACCCACUUCGCUGGACAUGAUUACGAUACCACUUCCUAUUGAUUAUUCCCGAGAACCUUAUUGUACGAUAGAUCGCCAUGAGUCGCCCACUUUUAAUACGUGUUAUAUUAUGAUCCCAAGGUCAGUAGUUCCCCUAGAUGAUUGCGGUCUUUCCAGACUUUUAAGCUCUGAUAAAUACUCCAAAC